AUGAGUGGAGCCCAAUUAACAGAUAGAGCGAAUAAAGCUCUUGUUGACGCCCAUGCUCUAGCAGAGCAACAUGCCCACCCCCAGCUCCUCCCCAUCCACCUCGCAGUGUCCCUUCUGGACCCUCCGGCUGAUGAAUCGAAGGACCAACAAGUAACCACACAUCCUUCACACCAAGCCAGUUCGGCUUCUCUUUUCAAACGAGUCGUUGAGAAAGCCCAUGGUGACCCCCAACUACUAGCCCGGGCACUGAACCGGUCUCUAGUCCGGCUACCUUCCCAGGAUCCCCCACCAGAGACCAUCGCACCAUCGCCGGCCAUUUCAAAGGUGCUUCGGUCCGCUACCAAUCUAUCAAAGACGCAGAAAGACAGUUAUGUUGCUAUAGAUCAUCUGAUAGCCGCGCUGGCCGAGGAUCCUGCAAUCCAGCGGGCGCUUGCUGACGCAAACAUCCCGAAUGUGAAGUUGAUUGAUUCGGCGAUCCAGCAGAUCCGCGGGAUGAAGCGAGUGGACUCAAAAACAGCAGAUACGGAAGAGGAGAGUGAGAAUCUGAAGAAAUUUACGAUUGAUAUGACAUCGAUGGCCAGAGAAGGGAAAAUCGACCCUGUCAUUGGUCGAGAGGAGGAGAUCAGGAGAGUUAUUCGGAUUCUCAGUCGACGGACAAAGAACAAUCCAGUCCUCAUCGGCGAGCCGGGUGUGGGGAAAACGACAGUCGUGGAAGGUCUGGCUCGCCGAAUUGUUAAUGCGGAUGUCCCUGCAAAUCUGUCGAAUUGCAAGCUCUUGUCCCUCGAUGUUGGGUCUCUUGUUGCUGGCAGCAAGUAUCGUGGUGAGUUUGAAGAGAGAAUGAAAGGGGUUCUGAAUGAGAUUGAAGAAUCGAAGGAUACUAUCGUUUUGUUUGUGGACGAAAUCCACCUGCUCAUGGGAGCUGGCUCCAGUGGAGAGGGUGGCAUGGAUGCUGCUAAUCUGCUGAAGCCCAUGCUUGCUAGGGGCCAACUCCAUUGCAUUGGCGCAACUACCCUUGGCGAAUACAGGAAAUACAUCGAGAAAGAUCAGGCCUUUGAACGUCGAUUCCAACAAGUUUUGGUCAAAGAGCCUUCAGUGAACGAGACGAUCUCAAUCCUUCGAGGACUGAAGGAGAGAUACGAAGUUCAUCAUGGUGUUAACAUCCUCGACGGAGCUAUUGUAUCAGCAGCAAAUUUGGCUUCUCGUUAUCUUACAGCCCGAAGACUGCCAGACUCAGCCGUUGACCUUAUUGAUGAGGCGGCUGCAGCUGUGCGUGUCACAAGGGAAUCACAACCCGAAGCUCUCGAUACAUUGGAGCGCCGUGCCAGGCAACUCCAGAUUGAAAUUCAUGCUUUGGAACGCGAGAAGGAUCCAGCAUCAAAGAUACGACUAGAAACUGCGAAGCAGGAGGCAGCAAAUGUUAACGAAGAAUUGCGACCAAUGAGGGAAAAAUACGAAAGCGAAAAGCAACGAAGCAAAGAUAUCCAGGAUGCUAAAAUCAAAUUGGAUCUUCUGAAAGUGAAGCGGGAUGAGGCAACCAGGUCGGGGGAUACGCAAACCGCUUCAGAUCUCAUAUACUAUGCCAUCCCCGAUGUCGAGAAACGCAUCGAACAGCUUGAGGCUGAAAGAGCUCGAGUCGACGCGGAAUUAUCCAUUCAGCCAGGAGGGGGAGGGGAAACUCUUCUGGCAGAUGCUGUUGGUCCUGAACAGAUCAAUGAAAUUGUGGCUCGAUGGACUGGUAUUCCUGUUACCAAGCUCAGAACCACCGAGAAGGACAGACUCCUUCAAAUGGAAUCGCACCUCUCUAAAAUUGUUGUUGGCCAGAAAGAAGCUGUUCAGUCCGUCUCAAAUGCAAUUCGUCUCCAACGCUCUGGCCUUAGCAACCCUAAUUCCCCGCCAAGCUUCCUGUUCUGCGGUCCUUCCGGUACAGGUAAAACGCUUCUUACGAAGGCUUUGGCGGAAUUCCUUUUCGAUGACUCCAAAUCCAUGAUCAGAUUUGAUAUGUCUGAAUAUCAAGAAAGACAUUCUUUGAGUCGAAUGAUCGGUGCUCCUCCCGGAUAUGUUGGGCAUGAUGCCGGUGGCCAACUAACGGAAGCACUUCGCCGCCGACCGUUUUCCAUUCUGCUCUUUGAUGAGGUGGAAAAGGCCGCGAAGGAAGUAUUGACUGUCCUGCUUCAGCUGAUGGAUGAUGGAAGAAUUACGGACGGCCAGGGAAGAAUCGUUGAUGCGAAGAAUUGUAUCGUCGUGAUGACUUCCAACCUUGGCGCGGAGUUCCUUCAGCGUUCCACCGUCGCAAAUGGUCAAAUAGAUUCAACCACUAAAGAACUUGUUAUGGGAACACUGCGGAACUACUUCCUACCCGAAUUCCUCAAUCGGAUUUCCAGCAUCGUUAUCUUCAAUACGCUAACGAGACGGGAGAUACGGAAGAUCGUUGAUCUCCGACUUGAGGAGAUCCAACAGAGACUAGAGCAGAAUGAUCGCUCGGUGACGAUAGAAUGCACGGACGAGGCCAAGGAUUACUUGGGCAAUGCUGGCUACUCGCCACUAUACGGCGCCCGACCGUUGUCACGACUCAUCGAGAAAGAGGUCUUAAACCGCCUUGCGGUGUUGAUCCUAAAAGGCGCUAUCAAGGACGGCGAAACUGCACGUGUAGUUAUGGAAUACGGACGAAUCACUGUGCUUCCGAACCACGGCACUGAAAGCGAAGACGAGGAGAUGGUCGGCGAUGACGCGCUCGAGGAGAUGGAGGAAGACUUGGGUGAAGAUGAUCUUUAUGAAUGAGAAUGAGAUAUCUAGAGGAUAAGCGAUUGGGGGUUUAAACGAUGACGUUCUUGCUUUUUCUUCCGUUUCAGCUUUACAUUGUUUUUUUCUGGUUCGCGUUCUUUUUCUCUAAGCCGAUAUUUUUCCUUUUCAUGAACUAAUGAUCCUAUUUCUGGUUUCGGUUGGGUGAGAAACCACUGCAUUUAUGAAAGUAAUAGCAUAAAAGUGUUCAUUCUUAUUUCGUUUUUGUUGGAAGGAUUGGAAGGAUGGUUCGUCCCUUGGCUACUUUUUUACUGCUGUGAAACACGAGAUGAACGAUU